CUGAAAUGUAUGAAAAAGAAUGCAUUGAGGUACAGCCUACUGUAUGCUAUAAAACAAAUUGUAUUUUAUCAUACGUUGUCAUUGUCACCCUUCUCAUGUGUCAACAUUAUUGUACAAGGUGAAAUGUGUAAUUUACAGUAAAACUUGUUUAAAUAAUAUUUUAUUAACAGUAAAAUUGUUCAAAUAUGUCUGUAAUGCAAAUCAAAUUUUUACGUCGAAUUAUACCCAGUUAAUGGCGUUAGUAUCUGGUAAUACUGAUCAGCUGUGUUGUUCCGGGUGUGUUGGAAGCAAACCAACAGUAAGUCAAUCAGCAAGUGCAUCAUGUCAGUAACUGCCAGCGGCCACAAGUGCAUUCGGGAGGAAACAAUAUUUAAGCUGGAGGAGGACUGGCUGGGCUACCGGAAUGGCGUCGUCCGACUUACCCCCGGCAGGUGGCUCUACCCGACGGCAUACACGAAAUUUGCUGAUAAAUAUUUCAACUUAAAGGCAUGUUCCACUGCAGUGGAUCAGGAGACCGAUUGUGUUACCGUGGUCUUACGAAUAUGCCGGAGAUCUGUGAGAAAGUUCUCAAGUCAUGAAGAGGUUAACAACACUAUCACCUGCAGCAUCCGGUUGACCAACAAUGAGACUUGUCCUGGUUAUGCGGAUCCAAUGGCAACCAAAAGCGUCACGAUGGAAUUACCUAUUCAAGCAGAGCGACGUGGUGGUGAAUUCGUGGCCCAAGUGCGGCACGACGUGGGUGCAGGAGAUUGUGUGGACGAUGAAGAACAAUCCAGACCUGAACCAUCCCUUGACAGCCUUGUCCAUCUUUAAUCGAUC